AUGGCUACCCCCAGUGUCCUUACUUUUGAUGCUGAGGGCCGUGCCGUUGACUUUGAGGUCUGGGUCGAUGACCUCCAGCUGUUCCUCCAGUGCGAUAGGGCAGACGGCCUCUCUCUGUUCGACCUCACCUCUGGUGCCUCCCCUGCCCCGCCUGCUACUGCUGACAGCACUGUGGACUGGCUGAGGCAGCAAGGCGUGGCAGAGGGCAUCCCGUUGUUCAACGCGCGCCUGCAGGCGCUGCUGGCAGGCAGGCGGCGAUCCGGCAUGGUGGCGGGCAUUGCAGCGAUCAUGGAUGAAAUGCGGAGCAAGGGCUUCACCCCCAUUACAAUCACAUUCAACAUCAUCCUGGCGGGACUCGGCAGGGCCGGGCAGCUCAAAGAAAUGGAGUACUACCUCGGGCAGAUGGAAAAUUACAAUCUGACCCCGGAUCUGGCAACAAUGAACGCGCUGAUCUCAGCUUAUGUCUCCCAUGGGGAGCCAGAGAAGGCACUAGAGUGGGAGAGAAGAUUAAAGACGUCGGGAGCGGGCCCUGACAGAGGCACGUAUGCUGCUAUGCUGAAGGCGUAUGGGCAGAGCGGGCAGGUGGAUAAGCUGGAGGCGACUUGGAGUGAGCUGCUUGCAUCAAAUGUGCCGAUGACAAGGAUGCUAAACAAGGCGUGCAUAGAGGGCUUUGGACUUCGCUCCUCCAUUCACACGUCCUGUCUCUUUUCUCUCUUCUCCCUUCCCAUCCGCCCCUCCCAUCCGCCCCUCCCAUCCGCUCCUCCCAUCCGCUCCUCCCACCCCCUGCCCUGCAGGAUGCUGCACAAGGCGCGCAUAGAGGGCUAUGGGCUGGCGGGUGAUGUUGGCAAGGCAGAGCAGGGCUAUGGGCUGGCGGGUGAUGUUGGCAAGGCGGAGAAGGUGAGGGGGAAGGGGGGUGGGUUAGGGGGAAGGGGCGCGUUUCAAGAGCUGAAGGUGCAGCAGGCCCCAGUGACCGAGACGUUCAAUUCUCUGGUAUUCGCCUACGCACACAACCACCUCUUCCCCAAGGCCAAAGACACCAUUCUCCACAUGGACGCAGCCGGCAUGCGCCCCGACGGCAUCACCUUCCUGCACCUCCUCCGCGGCUACCUCUCCGCCAACCAGAUCGACAAUGCAGUUACUACGUUACACGAUGCGGUGGCGGCCGGUGCGCACAGGGCGCGGAUGAAGCUGCCGUUUCACGCGUUUGCGGAGGUGCUGGGGGGGUUUGUGGAGGCGGGGGAGGUGGGGAAGGUGCGAGAGCUGGUGGGGCUCGCACGGACAAUGUAUCGCACCGAUUCAAACCUCUUCAACUCGAUUCUCACGGCCAUUGUGAACGACUGGAGGAGGAGGGGAGCUGGAGCAGGAGUGGAGGCGGGAAGCGGGGAGUUUGCGAGUGAGGUGCGGGGGGUGUUGGAAGAAAUGAAUGAUGCAGGGGUGAAGGCUAAUGCUGCGACAGAGGAGAUCUUGCACCCGCUGGGACUCAGCAAUCUGAUAGACGAGGUUGGGCUUGUUCGGGCGGGCGGGUUUUGA